AUGGGCGGCGAGCGGGGGCGUGGCGGGGCGCCUGCGACGCCUCAAGCAGCUCCUGCGUUCCAGGACCUCAUUCAGUUCUCUCCCGGCUCCGGCGCCGAGGCGCCGGCGCGCAAGUCCCAGCAGGCGCGCGAGCACUCGCCCUUCCAGACCCCCGGCGCCCCACGCGGCCCGGCCUCGGACGGGGCCGCGAGCGUCGCAUCCAGCAAGCAGGACGCUCGGCACGGCGCCGAGGCGCCUCACCCGGCGAGCCGGUACAUGGAGUCGGCCGCGCGGCGCCGCCUGCUGGCCGACUGGAUCUUCACUCUCACGGGCCACGAGGUCCCCACGGUGUCGGACCAGCUCUUCCGCCGCUCGCUGCGCUCGGGCGAGGUGCUGUGCUACCUGGCCGAGGCGCUGCGGCCCGGCUCGGUCCCGCACGUCACCGCGGGCCCGUUCGGGACGCACGAGGAGGAAGAGCAGGCCGCCCGCGCCAACCUCGCGACGUUCUGCGCCGCCGCCGUGACCAUGGGCCUGCCGGAGGAGAUGCUCUUUCGCAUGGCCGACCUCGAGGGGCCGGGGUACGCGGAGCGGCCGGUGGUGCUGGACUGCCUGUGGGAGCUGCAGCGGCUGGACGAGGAGGACAACGCGCCGACGAACCCGGACGCGCAGAGCCCCGACGACGGCUCCCGAGGCUCGUCCGACGACCGCCACGACAACAGCCCGCGCUCACGGUCGAAGAGCCCGCACCCGCGCACCCCGAGCCCGCGCGGGCGCGCGGGCAGCUACGCGCCGGCGAUGGCGUCCAUCUCGGAACUCCCCCCCCGCCCGGGGGGGCCUCCAGGCACGGCGGCGUCGGCGCCGCGCAGCGUGCCGGUCGCCACGACCCCGGCGCCCGCGACGCCCUACGAGCCGUCCUCGCCCGGCAAGCGCGCGGUGCAGUCCCUCGAGAAGGCCGUCAACGACAUGCGCGCCAGCCAACACACCCCCGCCACCGUCGGCCCACCCCCCCGCCUCGCCACCUUCGACGGCGCCGUCUCGCUCGACAGCGACGGCGUCAACGACGCCCGCGCGGGCCUCGAGCCCGGCAUGCCCGCCCCGGAGAUGUGCGCGAGCCCCCGCGCGCUGCGCGACCGCGAGGGUAGCGCGUCGCACACGGGCGCGAGCGGAGCGCGGCCGCCGCUGGAGCGCUCGCCCUCUGCGAACACCGCCGGCAUGCGGCGCUCGAUGCUGUUCCGGCGCUCCACGUCGCUGCGCGACUCGAUGGAGCGGCGCAUGUGGACCCCGCAGGGCGCCGGGUCGCUGGGCUCGAUGGACGGCCUGGGCCCGGUGAUGGAGCAGGUCAUCACGACGCUGACGAAGGAGUACGAGCUGAAGAUCGCGGACCGCGAGCACGCGGUGAAGGACCUGCAGGGGCAGCUCGACGACCUCCGGGAGCGCAUGGUGGAGCUGGAGGCGGGCGGAGGGGGGGGGGUGUCGGCCGGGGCGGCGAGGCGGCCGGCGUCGGCGGCAGCGGCGGCGCGCGCGGCGAGUGCGGCCGCGCCGGUGGACGCGGCGCAGGUUGAGAGGGCCGCGGAGAUGCGGGCGCGGCAGGCGGCGCUCGCGGCGGGGCUGGACGCGGUCACGGGGGAGAUGUGCGCGCUCAAGCACGCGCUUACGUCGCUGCAGUCGUGGGCGCGCGACGAGGCCGCGCGGCUCGGCCGCGACCUGCGCGAGGCGUCCGGCGCCGUCGCGUCGAUGGCGCUCGCGGCGAGCGGCUAUGCGCGGGCGAUGGCGGAGAACCGGCGGCUGUACAACACCAUCCAGGACCUGCGCGGGCAGAUCCGCGUGAUGUGCCGCGUGCGGCCGGUCGGCACGACGGGCGACCCGUCCGAGGCGGUCGUGCACAUGCAGCCGAGCGCGCGGCCGGGGGAGGUGUUGCCGGAGAUGGUGGUGAGCAACCCGACGACGCGCGGCAUGAAGGCGUUCGCGUUCGACCAGGUGUUCGGGCCGGAGUCGACGCAGGAGGGCGUGUACGCGGAGAUCGCGCCGCUCGUGCGGUCCGUGAUGGACGGGUACAACGUCUGCAUCUUCGCGUACGGUCAGACUGGGUCGGGGAAGACUCAUACCAUGUCGGGCCCGAAGGGGACGGUGGCGGGGAGCCCCGAGCGCGGCGUGAACUGGCGGGCGCUGGACGACCUGUUCGCGCUCAAGGAGACCCGGGCGCGCGAGAUGGUGUACGAGAUCUCGGUGCAGAUGCUGGAGAUAUACAACGAGCAAGUGAGGGACCUGCUGAGCCCGGAGGAGGCCGGGGGCGCGCAGGCGUCGCGGCUGCCGAUCCGGAAGGCGCACAAGUCCGGGCAGAACGUGCCCGACGCGACGCGGGUGGUGGUGAGCAGCACGGAGGACGUGGCGGUGGUGAUGGCGGCGGGCGAGGGCGCGCGGUCGUUCGGGGAGACGCGGAUGAACGAGCGGUCCUCGCGCUCGCACUGCGUCGUGAUGGUCAUCGUCGAGGGCACGAACCUCGUCUCGAACGCCACGUCGCACGCGUGCUUGAACCUGAUCGACCUCGCGGGCUCGGAGCGCCUGGGGCGGUCCGAGGCGCAGGGCGACCGGCUGCGCGAGACGCAGAACAUCAACCGCUCGCUCAGCGCGCUCGGGGACGUCAUCUCGGCGCUCGCGGCGAAGCAGGGCCACGUGCCCUACCGCAACAGCAAGCUGACGCACCUGCUGCAGGACUCCCUGGCUGGGCAGGCGAAGACGAUGAUGCUGAUGCACGUCGCGCCGGAGUCGUCCUCGCACCAGGAGACGCUGUCGACGUGCCAGUUCGGGACGCGCGUCGCGUCGGUGACGCUGGGGCGCGCCGGGAGCAACGCCGGCGACGGGAGCGCGGCGCUGCUGCGGCAGACGCUCGCGCGCGCCGAGGAGGACCUCCGCGACCAGCGCGAGGACAACAAGCAGCUCAAGCUCAAGCUCAAGGAGGAGCGCGAGCGCGCGCGGCGCCUCGAGGCCGAGGUGCAGCGCUCGGCACAGAUCGCGCUCAAGGCCUCGGAGGCCGCCGCCGCCGCGAAGCGGCUCUCCAGCGGCGCGACGUCCGCGCGCGCGGCCCUCUCGCGCACGACCACGUCCGCCGGAGCGCCCCCGCGAACCAUCACGUUCGGACCGCGCCCGACGCCGCGCGGCGCACACGGACACGCGCACGGACACGGCGAGCUGAAGGACCCCUGGGGCGUCGACCCGGAGGACACCGCGCACUCGGACACGAGCUCCGUGCGGUCGUCGUCGCUGGAGCGCGGCAGCGACGUGAUGGAGAUGCCGAGCGUCGACGUGCCGGCGCGGCCCGUCGACAGCGGCGCGUCGCGCAGCUACGGGCGGGGGCGGCCUGCGACGGCGGACCCUGCGCCCGGACGCACGGCUCCGCGCGUGCCGAAGCUCGCGCUGCACGGCGCGAUGCUCGGGAGCGAGGGGCCGAAGUCGGGGGGCCGGCCGGGGUCGGGUGGGCGGCCGAUGUCGGCACGGGGGCGCGGGAGGACGCCGCGCGACACGAACACGCCCGGGAGCGUGACGGGCCCGGCGCCGCAGUCGGUGCGCGUGUUCCGGACGCGCACGGACGUCUCCGCGCAGCUGUCGUCGCGCGCCGCGGCGCAGAGCGCGCGCAACAGGGCGACGCAGCCUGCGGUGGCGGCGAGCGCGAUCACGCCGCGCGGGAUGCCGGACAGCUCGGCGCGGGCGAUCCAGCAGCACGUGCAGCGCGUGAAGAGCGCGCGGCGCGUCGGGGCGCCGACGCCCGCGGAGGUGGACGUGAAUCUGGGUGUGCCAGUGGGCGCGGAGCAUCACGAGGGCGGGCCGCGGCGGGUGUCGAGCGCGCGCGGCCGGCUGGACUCGCUGCAGACGUACGAUGCGGGCGCGCGGACGCUGCGGGGUCGCUCGGGGCGGUGGUCGCCUGGGCCGGCGUACAGGACCACGCAGCCCAUGCGGCAGUUCAUGUAG